AUGGCAGAAACCCUCGUAUUGAAUAACUCUGGCAAAGAUAAGCUAUUUGGAAUUCACGAAACUUCUAAUCAAACCAGAUUACUCAAGAAAUUCAUUCCAAAAAAUUCAUAAGUCGGAAUUCUUGGCAUGAUAGUGCUAGGUUACAUUUUAUGUCCAAUUCAAAAAGUUUAAGGAGCAGCAUCUUUCUUCGGAAAUACAUUAGCUUCUUGCGAAGAAUUCGCUGCAACAUUUGACAACACUUGUGGUAGAUCUACAUACUAUGUACGUGACUCUGGCUCUGAUCCUUUUUCUGGCAUGGAUGGCGCUGAAGUAUCUUGUGUCGUAGGUACCACAUGUCCUUUUACUGGUGCAACAGUAACAGAGGACACUCCUUGCGUUUGGGAAAGAAAACUAUGUGUAACAUGCGCCUCCUAUGGUUUAAAUGCAGCUAAAAUCAGAAUCCAAAGUAAUGGAUUACCAAAUCACUGCUAUUCACCUGAUCAGCCUCCUAAUGAAGUAGAUAUAGACUUUGAAGUUGUCUAUAAUUGGUAAGCCCCAAGGAAUAGACUAUUUAAGAAUCUUACUACAACUGCACAGCUAGAUGCUGUUGUUUGUAAUGCAACCACUUAUUUAAACGAUAAAAUCAAUAAUACUCUUGCUGACCUUGAAGUAUUUGGUGAUUAUUCCUUGAAUGAAACUGUCGGAAUCACAAUUAAUGGAGUAUUGCUUAAAUCAGGUGUAAACGCGACAGGUUAUGAUGUUCUUUAUCCUAAGAAAAAAAAGAAUGAAUAUAUCGGAAGGCUUGAUCUUGAUGCUUGCUUAGGAACAACAUUAGCAACAUCAACUGGAAUUUAAGAACUUGGAGGAACAGAAGAUGCUAGCAGUGAUGGUGUCUAUCAUUACCAUUCAAUGUCACCUUGCAUUUAUAGUGGUUCAGCUUAGGAAUAUAACUUCACUUGCGAUAAGGAGCCAAACUGCAAGAAGAAUGUGUAUAAGUAUAUCUCAUAAAAUGUCACUGAUAGCUUAAGGUCAAUUUAUCCCGUUGGAUUAGCAAAAGAUGGUAGAAUGAUCUAUAGUCCGUUCAGAAUUGAUGGUAAUGUUUGGGAUUCUUGUGAUGUUGAUGUUUGCAACGGUAGAUAUUUCAACGGCUACUACGGAUAUGUGAUGACUCCUUUCUUCCCAUACUCAGUUGGAUGCUGGGGUCCUGGAAACAAUAUUUAAGAUAAGAAAAUUAUCGCUUCAUGCUCAAGCAAUUCUAGACAGUGCCCAUACGAAGGAAAAUUCGGGGCAAACUCUCUUUAUCUCUCUGCAUUCUCUAUGGUAUCACUUUUGGCCAUGAUGGUCUUUCUCGCAUGA